AGAGAAGCCCGACGAGGGCAGCAGGGAGACCGGCCGCUUCAGCAGAGACCAGCCGCCAACGUGGAAACAUGCCGCUGCGGUUGGACAUCAAGCGGAAGCUGACAGCUCGGUCAGACCGGGUGAAGAGCGUGGAUCUGCAUCCCACCGAGCCAUGGAUGGUGGCCAGCCUCUACAGCGGCAGCGUGGUGGUCUGGAACCACGAGACGCAGGUGAUGGUGAAAACAUUCGAGGUGUGCGAUCUGCCAGUCAGAGUGGCCAAGUUUGUAGCCAGGAAGCACUGGCUCAUCGCUGGAGCGGAUGACAUGCAGAUCCGUGUGUUCAAUUACAACACGCUAGAGAGAGCUCACAUGUUUGAGGCCCACUCAGACUACAUUCGCUGUAUUGCUGUCCACCCUGCACAGCCCUACAUCCUCACCAGCAGUGAUGACAUGUUAAUCAAGCUGUGGGACUGGGACAGGAAGUGGGCGUGCAGUCAGGUGUUUGAGGGACACACUCACUAUGUGAUGCAGAUAGUCAUCAAUCCUAAAGACAACAACCAGUUUGCCAGCGCCUCCCUGGAUAGGACCAUCAAGGUGUGGCAGCUGGGCUCUAACACUCCUAACUUCACUCUGGAGGGCCAUGAGAAGGGAGUCAACUGUAUCGACUACUACAGCGGAGGAGACAAGCCCUACCUUAUAUCAGGGGCUGAUGACCACCUGGUCAAGAUCUGGGAUUAUCAGAACAAGACUUGUGUUCAGACCUUGGAGGGUCAUGCCCAGAAUGUGACCUGUGUCAGCUUCCACCCCGAGCUUCCCAUCAUCCUCACAGGCUCCGAGGACGGCACUAUUAGAGUCUGGCACUCCUACACCUACCGGCUAGAAAACACGCUCAACUACGGCAUGGAGCGGGCAUGGUGUGUGUGUGGCCAGCGUGGCUCCAACAAUGUGGCUCUGGGCUAUGAUGAAGGCAGCAUCAUUAUCAAGCUUGGGCGUGAGGAGCCUGCCAUGUCCAUGGACUCCAGCGGGAAGAUCAUGUGGGCCCGACACUCCGAGGUACAGCAGGCCAACCUGAAGGCCAUGGGAGAGGCAGAGAUCAAGGAUGGGGAAAGGCUGUUGCUGGCUGUCAAAGACAUGGGCAGCUGUGAGAUCUACCCCCAGAUGAUCCUGCACAACCCCAAUGGGAGGUUUGUAGUGGUAUGUGGGGACGGAGAGUACAUCAUCUACACCGCCAUGGCCCUGAGGAACAAGAGCUUUGGGUCAGCUCAGGAGUUUGUCUGGGCACACGACUCCUCGGAGUACGCUAUAAGGGAAGGCAACAGUCUGGUCAAAAUCUUCAAAAACUUCAAAGAGAAAAAGGCCUUUAAACCUGACUUCGGGGCUGAAGGUAUCUAUGGUGGCUUUUUAUUGGGAGUUAAGUCACCCAGUGGUCUGGCCUUCUACGACUGGGACAAUGCGGAACUGAUCCGCCGCAUUGAGAUCCAACCUAAACAUAUCUUCUGGUCUGACUCUGGGGAGCUGGUGUGUAUCGCUACAGAUGAAUGUUUCUUUGUGCUGCGCUACAUGGCAGAGAGAGUGGGAGCAGCCCAGGAAUCCAAGGAAGCCAUUAGUGAAGACGGGAUAGAGGACGCCUUCGAGGUGCUGGGAGAGAUCCAGGAGGUGGUGAAGACAGGAGUUUGGGUGGGAGACUGCUUCAUCUACACCAGCUCCGUCAACAGACUCAACUACUAUGUUGGAGGAGAGAUUGUCACCAUCGCUCACCUGGACAGGAUCAUGUACCUGCUGGGUUACAUCCCUAAAGACAACCGUCUCUAUCUUGGAGACAAGGAGCUGAACAUCGUCAGCUACUCCCUGUUGCUCUCCGUGCUGGAAUACCAGACGGCUGUCAUGAGGAGGGACUUCAGUAUGGCUGACAAGGUCCUACCCAUAAUCCCCAAGGAGCACAGGACCAGGGUAGCCCACUUCCUGGAGAAACAGGGCUUCAGACAGCAGGCCCUUGCUGUGUCCACAGACCCAGAGCACAGGUUUGAAUUGGCUCUACAACUGGGAGAACUGAACACAGCCUACCAAUUGGCUUUGGAGGCAGAGUCAGAGCAAAAAUGGAAGCAGCUGGCAGAGCUUGCGACUGCAAAGUGCCAGUUCAGCCUAGCCCAGGAGUGUCUGCACCAAGCUCAGGAUUAUGGAGGGUUAUUGCUGUUGGCCACCGCUUCAGGCAACGCCGCCAUGGUGGGCAAACUGGCGGAAGGGGCAGAGAGGGACGGCAAGACCAAUGUGGCCUUCCUCACCUAUUUCCUUCAGGGGAAAUUGGACAAAUGUCUGGAUCUUCUCAUCAAAACAAACCGGCUGCCAGAGGCUGCCUUCCUGGCCAGAACGUAUCUGCCCAGCCAUGUGUCAAGGGUGGUAAAUCUGUGGAAGGAGAGCCUGUCCAAGGUGAACCAGAGGGCAGCAGAUGCUCUGGCCGAUCCCACCCAGUACAGCAACCUGUUCCCUGGCCUUCAGCAGGCCCUUCUGGCUGAGCAGUAUCUGAAGGAGACUCAUGUCAGGGUCAGGCCUGCUGCCGAGUACCCACUCAUCAUGCCAAAUGAGGACCGCAGUGUUCUGGAGGAAUGUGCCGGCUAUGCGCCAAAAGGAGAGCCCGUUGAGCCAGAGGAAAUAGCAGAGAGCAUGGAUGAAAGCCCCAUGGCAGCAGUGGAGACAGAGGCUGCACCUACAGAAGCAGCAGUAGUGGAAGAACGCACUCCAGUAGAACAGGAGCCGAUUGAUCCUGUCAUGGAGACAGAGGACGAACCCAUCGCAAAGGCAGCAUCGCCACCACCUGUCCCAGUGAUGGAAGAACAUAUUGAAACAAGACAAGUUGAAUCAGUUUCUUCUGAGGUAGCAGCAUUUGAACCAGAAGUGGCAGCAAUAGUGACAGAUACCACCACUGAGUUAGAGGAAGCUCCAGUCACUGUAGAGGAAGACAUUUUGGAAGAGCCCAUUACAGAGACUCCCUCCAAACAACCAGAGCCUGUGGAAGAUGUCUUAUCAUCACUUGAGACAAGUGUUCAGGAAGUGUCUCUGGCAGCUGUUGCCAUAACUGAUGCUGAAGUUAUAGAAACAGCGGCCUGUGUUUCUGAAACAGCAUCAUCUGUUACUGAGACAACACCAGAAACCAUAGCAGAAAAAUCAGCACCAAAUGAUGUAGAGGCAACAGAAACCAUAGCAACAGAGGAUGUCCCACUUGUAUCUUUUGAUACUGAUGAAAUAGCGUCAGAAGUCACAGCAACAGAAGAAAUCUCUGUUGAUGAAGUACUGGCCACGGAUGUCAUUGCUACAGAGGCCAUAGAAACGGAGGCAGCAUUGAGCAAAGAGGCAGCAGCAGAUGAGACUCCUGUUACUGAGAUCCUUGUUUCAGAGUCAGUACCACCACCCGCAGCAGUGGAGGAGCUCAUCACUUUAGAUGACACAGUCUCUUCAGAAGUGAGUGUGCCUCCCCCUGUCCCUGUCCAGACAUUUGAAGACUUGGCCCUUGAUCUAGCCCAAGACCAAGUCCCAGAUACACUGCCGAUAUUGGAGCCGGUCCAAGCCCAAGUUCCAGUCCAAGAGGAGCAGACCACAGUAUCCCCAGUGGAACCAGAGCCCAGCCUGGUGGCUCCUGCAGAGUCUGAGCCAGACAUUUUAGCCCCAGCAGCAGCAGAGCCCUCAGAGGGAAAGUUAACAGAGGAAGACGAACCUGAAGGAGCCAAGGAACUAGUUGAAGACCUUGAGGUGGAGAUGAACAGUGAGGGCUUGGAUGAUCUGGAUUUGGACAACUUUGAGCUGGAAGACAUAGACACCACAGAUGUCAACCUGGAUGAAGAUUUCCUGAACGAAUAGACAAAUUGUCUGAUUUUUCACAAAGUGACCAAAGAACACAAAGGGCCAAUUUUCUGGAUAGGGAACAGUUAGCAUCCCAGAUUUAAAUACCAUUUUGAACUCCGCUAACAAUAGCUUUCUCUCUGGGUCAUGUAUUGAAAUAGUCUCAGAUUCAUCUUGCCCUAGGUCUAAAGGAACGUUGAAAUUGGACCAAGGAGGAAGCAGGUUUAACCUGAGUAAUGUUUGUCACAAGAAACAUAGUUACCAUCCUGUUUUUGCUCUUCCCAUUACACACAUUUAUAUUUUUUGUAGAUCCAUUCCAGAGUCUGUGCACUCAACCUCAUUACAGUAAUAUGUGCCUUGCAUGGUGAAAGUGGUGAAGGGAGAGUUGAAAGGGAUGUAAAGAAAUGUGCUUUAGAUUACGACUCUGAAAUAGGAGCGGUGGGAGUGUGUAUGUGCUGGGAACGGGGGCACACUGCAGUCGGGCAUCUUGCUGUACGGAUCGUUGACCUUGUUUACAGUAUAUUUGCAUAAUUCAUAAAGCAUAUUUGUUAUUGCAGUGAUCAUGCAGCAAUAUAUUGUUCCAUGAUAAAAAUCAUCAGUAUUUUACCUCUCCACAUAAGCAGAAAACACUCAAGCAAUACAAUGUAAUUUAUCUAUUUACAAUGAAAAUCCAUGUUUUGUUUUGUUUUUCAGUGCUUUUAAGUGCUUUAAGUAACUGAGUGGAGUGUUUGCCAUCAUUUUCAACUGUUACUCUUACUUUGUACCUCUUUCAUUUUAUACCUCAGACAUCACUGUUGAUCAGGGUGUUAUCAAAGCCAUUGAGGAAAUUUUUCAAUUUGAGUACGAAGUUUUCAGCAUCCUGAAGUGAAAUUGGACCAUUUGCUCACUAACAACAUAGCAACACAUUAUGUAUUAAUGUUUGAGUGCCCUGUCCUCUCUCUAGGAAAUAGAAAUUUCUUUCUCACAUUGCGAUAUUGUUUUUCUAGCCAACCCAGAGUUGUAUUACAAAUGUUCAUUCGGGAGAAAGCCAUAUCUAUUCCAAGUGCUAUGUUUGCCCAGCCAAAAGUAUUGUUAAGCAUACAACAAGCCCAAGACUUUGGAUAAAUCAUGAGGCUCCUCUCUAGUGUAGUCUAGAGCGCCUCUUUGUGGCUGACUCAAUAUUCUGGGCAUGUUUACUUCUCAAAAGAAGACAAUGAAUUUAAAGUGAAAUGCUUUCCUCCUGUCUUCAAAGAAACUAAGACAGACACGUCAGUGGAUCAGGAUGUUUGAGAUAAAACCGUUGACAUCACAUUCAGCUGCCUGUAGUGCAUCAUACCGUUUGAUAUAAAUCUAUGUGGCUGGUAGAGAUGCGGAAAAAGGUGCUUUAUUCUGUUUUAGAAGUACUUUUUCAAAACACUGAUGGUACGUUUGGACCAGAAAAGUGAAUGGAAUAAUUCUAUCUCAAUAAAGUUUACAGUGUU